UUUAACUUAAGCUUUAGAGCUAACUAGAUUUCUGCUUCUCCUUUUAAUUCUUCCUGCUGAAGCUUAGCGCUGGAGCUUCAAACAUACUUACUCUCCUGGCUACCAGCCGCAGACGUAGCAUGGUCCAAGCUGGUAUGCAAGGGCUCGCAUGCUGGAUGAUCCAAGUUUCAGGCUCCUGCGGAGGCAAAAUGGUCACUCGACCGUCUUGUUGCUUCACGAAUGACUUGAUGAACCCACUCGCUACUUGCAAUAUCAUCUUCCAGCAGCUUCGAAAGAAACCAGUCAUGAAAGAGCUGCCAGAUUCUUGGGAGUCUCGGUUUGCACCCGAAGCUUCUGUGCCAUAUCUUUCUCAUGGCGGCCUCGUCUUAUGCCGGUUUCGAAUCCACUGACGCAGCAAUGGGUCCUAUCGACAGUUCUAUCGACAACUGCACACAGGUGCUGGCGACGAUAUGUCAGUGACGGCAAGCAAUUCUUCCGGAUCUGGAUCUCCCCGUACCUGUUUGACUCGAGGCUGGGUAUUAGGACACUUUCUUGCUACCAAACCGUUUGCCUGACAUCUCUCAACACGGUGUUCAUCAGAGGUUUGCAGUACGAUCUCGGUUACUUCUCGCACCACUCCGCACUUGUGCUACUCCAGAUCGCUAAACUCCAGUGGCGGAGUUUAGCGGAUCCAAAUGGAGUUUAGUGGAGUGCUGUGGAUAGCUCUUUGACAUGCUGUGGGAUACAUGAUUCUAAGGCUGUGGUCGCGGUGCUGGACAGAGAAAAACAACCAUGGACGUGGAAAGAGGUGGCAACUUUAGAGGGCAACUUUCACAGCUGGGACUUUCGCAAGUGCUGUACGCAUGGAAGCCUUACGUUUGCGGUUCUGUCGAUGGGAGUGGCUUGAGGAGGCUUGGAACAUGUUGUGUCCGUGGAUAUUUUGGGACUCACGGGAGUAAAACGCUACCUCCAGAUACUUCACUUGCAGUUCGUACCAUCAAAAAGCGAACUCACUCGGACGGGCAGCUGUCCGAACUAGCAGUGUAGUUAUAGAUGAGCUUCAUAUGGUUGGAGAUAAAGAGAGAGGUUAUUUGCUAGAACUAAGCUACGAUAUGCGGCCGGUAAAGGUGACUAUGAAAGCAGCAGCCCGACGGCCCCACGAGCUUGCAAAUUAUAGGAAUGAGUGCAACGAUGCCUAAUGUAGCAGCCGUUGCAUCAUGGCUUCAGGCUGCAUUUUAUGAGACUAACUUUCGGUUCCUUUAGACGAACACAUUGAAGUCAUUUACGAUACUAGUAUGAAUACUGUUCGUGCUCUAAAAGUAGGCUCUGAACUUAGCGGCAAGGAUCCAGAUCACAUCGUCCAUCUGUGCCAUGAGGUGGUUAGUAAGGCCAUUCUGUGCUUUUGUUUUGUUCAAGUCGUCAUGCCUGCGAAACCACUGCCCGACGAGAUACAAGCAAAUGGCUGGGAGAGCAGGAAGAGCAGGGAUACACACGCAUGGCGAGAGUGUAAAACUUCUCUCGUUUAUGUAUUCUGAAAUUUGCCGAAUGUUGGUUUUGCAGAUAUUAAUCUAUAAAAGUGAGGAGCUUCCCAUUCUGAAAGAAGGUUGUCAACCGUUGCAGUCAUGUCUCGCCGAGGAAAAGAAUGGAAUGAUGAGAGCUCGUUUUGGAGGUACCCUUCUCAACUCUACACAGCCUUUUGAUGACGUCGUGAAGUCUGCUCAAGAUUCUUUUCUGUGCCACAAGCGACUGAUAGAGUGGGAUCAGGAGUUACAGAUCUACAAAAUAACUACAUUAGGAAAAGCAGCGUUUGGCAGUUCGCUCAGCCCGGAAGAAUGCUCGAUGCAGGUUGUCUUUGAGGAUCUUGCUAAAGCCCGUGAAAGUUUUGUUUUAGCGUCAGAUUUGCACCUUGUUUACGAGGUUACUCCUAUUCACAUGGAGCUUGAACUGGACUGGGGAGCUUACUAUCAAAGAUUUGUCGAAUUGUCCUAUGUCGAUCAGGCAGUUGGGGUGACCGUGAUGCGCAUGGCUCAUGGAGCACCAAUGCAGGGCCAUAAAAGGAGUAUCGCUUUUUUGUGGCUCUUAUAUUGUCCAAGCUUCUUCAGGAAGUGCCGCUAAUGGACGUCUGCAGUACGUUCAUGGUGCCGAGGGGCACUGUGCAAGCUCUUUCUUUGAUUUUUUUACCUUUCUUUUAUGUUUUCACAGGCUGCACGAGCUAGGUGUUUAUACAAAGCGGGCUUACGAACAGUUGAAGCUGUAGCUGAGGCUACAAUUCCUGAAUUUGCAAACGCACUGUGCGAUUCUUCAUUCAAAGAACAUAUGCUGGUAUGGAUGUAUGCUGCAACGGAGCAGGGAGAAUUGUCCUGGAUCGAGCAGAAGAGGCGCGAACAGCUGCUUUCUCGGCCUUUCAAGCUCUUGGAGCAACGAUUCCCCAUUCGCUGUCGCAGCCUUUAUAUGCCAGAGUUGAGAGGCCUCGAUGGCCAUAUCUCCAAAGCAGGACGAGAGCAAGGCCGACGUUCAUAGCACUGAAAAGGAAAACCGAGCAGUAAUUAUGCAAGAAAAUGGUAACCAUGGCCACAAUGCGUUUGGAGCAUUGCGGAAAAGAAGGCCAAGGACCCGAUCUUGCCGCUGUCACAUCAGAUCUGGAAACAAGGUUUUGAUACAUUCCCCCCGAUUUCAGGACCAGUGAAUAAUUCUUGUUGUGAACAUCAUCUUUAAUUCAAAAAAGUGGUACUUCGAUCUAAUACUAUUAA